AUGAGCGACGAUAUGCCAUUCCCAACACCCGACCCAGACAACAUAUCCUCUUCAUCACCCAGUACGCCAGUCCAGACAGUGAACGUGCACCCAUCACAGACAGCCCCACGACUAGUUGGGUUACCCAUUGAACUACCUCCUCCAUGGAGUGGUGAUAGGAACGAGGAUCCGCGCGAUUGGGCCAACUUUGUCAUGAACGAACCAUUCAAAUUCCCUGUUGCCGUCCAAGGAAAGAGUCUUCGGGGGAAGAUUAUUGGUCAACUUCUGAAAAUGGAGUCAUUGCGCGAGCCAGUUAUCCGGUUUGGUCGACGAAAGGAUUGGGACGCCAAGACCUUUUACACUCACGUCAAUAGUAGCCUUGCCAAUGUCGAGGCUAUUAUUAUGCAAAUCGUGGGAAAGGCAAACAGCGAUCCUGAAGCGCAAUGCUCACAUUGUCGCAAAAAUACUGGCCCUUUCGUCAUGUGUGUGCAGGUGGAGUUGGAUGGCGUUAUGGAGUGCGCGAACUGUCAUUGGGACAAGCAGAGAGACCGGUGCUCCUUUGGAACCCCUUCUGUUAAGAAGUCACGACGGAGCUCUAAGCUCAUGAUUCCUGAGAAAUUGCUGGCAAUUGAUAACGAACUUGCGUCAAUUCUCAAGGCUCGCCAGCUUCUGAACGAGAAAAUGAUCGCAUUUCGGGAUCAAUUGCUGGCCUCCCAAAAGCUACUCGAAGACGCAUAUGACGGGAACCCGCAACGUCAAAAUCCGUCAAGCGAGAAUUUUCAAGGUGAUAUGCAUAAAUUCUUCAACAUACUUAGCAGCACUUGGUUACGUAAAAUUACUGAAGGGAACACCCAGCAGCUGGCUAGCUUCUCUGACCUGAUGGAAGAGUAUAUGGUGCUGGAUAGAUGGGCCGCUUGGUCGGCUUCGCUUGAUGGCUAG